AUGUCGGAUGGUGAAGAUGGUGCACAGCCUCCUCCGGUGAGAGUGAAGGAGAUUGGGUCAACCACUGUAGCGUGUCCGAUGCUCACACCAAAAAUUUACACCGUGGCAAUCCCGGAGGAUCUAAUCAUGCAAAUCGGAGAUGUGGAAUCUGCUAAGGGACUCUGGGAAGCGAUUAAGGCGAGAUAUAUAGGUGAUGAUCGUGUGAGAGAAGCUCGAUUGCAAACCCUAAACGCUGAAUUCGAUCGGCUGAAGAUGAUGGAGUCGGAAACCAUCGACGCGUAUGCUGGAAAGCUGUCCGGUAUCGCCUCGAAAUCAGCAACUUUAGGAGAGGUUAUUGAUGAAUCGAAGUUGGUAAAGAAGUUCCUCAAAACCUUGCCUCGAUCGAAGUUUAUACACAUCGUCGCCUCUUUAGAACAGGUGCUCGAUCUAAAAUCUGUUGGCUUUGAAGAUGUAGUGGGACGACUCAAGGCUUAUGAAGAAAGGAUAAAAGAAGAGGAGGACGACGGAGGGAGUCAGGUGAGAGUUAUCCUCAGAAAAUCGGCGUUGUCUGGAGGUGGUGGAUCAUUGGGGCAUCAACGAAAGGGAAGAAGAAGAGGGAACUGGAAGGGGAAUGAUGGGUCGAGUGGAUCUAACCAGGGAACCGAGUCAGAUUGUGGGUCAACUGGACCAGCUCCAAAUGAGUUUAAAACAAAACAGGCCCAAGGUGGGGAGCCCAAUUCUAAUUCUGAUUUAUCUUAA